CACAGGGCAAAGAAAAGGAAAAUGGCCGAGGAAAAUCCCAAUGCACUACUUAUCCCACCACCACCAACCACUUACUCGUUGUCUUUGCCUUCGUCUUCAAGAAAGAUACCGGAUUUCAAGCAAUCAGUGAAAUUGAAGUAUGUCAAACUUGGCUACCAUUACCUUAUUACUCGCGUAAUCUACAUAUUUUUUACACCCUUCGUACUCAUUCUUGCUGCUCAUCUUUCAAAAUUUUCACUUGAAGACAUCCAUUUGAUGUUGGAUCAUCUUCAAUAUAACCUUGUUUCUAUAAUCACAUCCUCAACCCUUAUUGUAUUCUCGUUUACUUUGUACUUUAUUAUUCGUCCGCGUCCUGUUUACCUUGUUGAUUUCUCAUGCUACAAGCCGAGUGAUAACUUGAAAUGUUCAAAACCAUAUUUCAUGGAAAGAAUCGAGAUGUCUGGUUAUUUUUCUGAACAAGCUCUUAGUUUUCAGAGGAAAAUCCUUAAGAGAUCGGGACUAGGAGAGGACACUUACCUUCCUGAGGCUUUUCAUAACUCGCCUCCAUGUCCAUCUAUGGCAUAUGCUCGUAAAGAAUCCGAAGAGGUCAUGUUCGGUGCCAUUGAUGAGCUUAUAGCUAAGACUGGUGUGAAGCCUAAGGAUAUCGGAAUUUUGGUUGUUAAUUGUAGCUUAUUCAAUCCUACUCCUUCCCUUUCGGCCAUGAUUGUUAACCAUUAUAAGCUUCGAGAAAACAUUAUGAGCUAUAACCUAGGUGGGAUGGGAUGCAGUGCAGGGUUGAUUUCGAUUGAUCUUGCUAAGCAACUUCUUCAAGUUCACCGAAACUCCUAUGCUUUGGUUGUUAGUACUGAGAACACCACUUUGAAUUGGUAUUUUGGUAAUGAACGUUCGAUGAUUCUUCCAAAUUGCUUGUUUCGAAUGGGUGCAGCUGCUAUACUCCUUUCUAACAAAAAAUCUGUCAAGAGGAGGUCUAAAUAUGAACUUGUUCACAGUGUUAGAACCCACAAGGGUUCAGACGACAAGUGUUUUUCAUGUGUUUCGCAAAAAGAAGAUCAAAGUGGGAAGAUUGGUGUGUCGCUUUCGAAAGAUUUGAUGGAAGUUGCGGGUGAAGCAUUAAAAACCAACAUUACGACUUUAGGGCCUCUUGUUCUUCCAAUGUCCGAGCAAUUUCUAUUCAUGGCUACUUUGAUUGGGAAUAGGCUCUUCAAGAUGAAGAUCAAGCCGUAUAUUCCUAAUUUUAAAUUAGCUUUCGAGCACUUUUGUAUUCAUGCUGGAGGGAGAGCUGUUCUUGAUGAGUUGGAGAAGAACUUGCAGCUUAGCGAGUGGCAUAUGGAGCCAUCGAGGAUGACUUUAUAUAGGUUUGGAAACACCUCUAGUAGUUCUCUUUGGUAUGAAUUGGCAUACUCAGAAGCCAAAGGGAGAAUAAGGAAGGGAGAGCGUAUAUGGCAAAUCGCAUUUGGGUCUGGUUUCAAGUGCAACAGCGUAGUUUGGAAGUCUAUAAGAACUAUAGAUCCUGCUAAAGAAAGGAAUCCAUGGAUGGAUGAGAUCCAUAAGUUCCCUGUCAACAUUCCUUUAGUUUCUUCAUUUUAAAAACUUGUUUUUCUAUGUCUUACUUGAUUUUGUUCGUAGAUAUUCUUAGGU